AUGGCAGGGGAGUGCAGUUACAAUUGCUCGGAGCGCCCCAAAGAGAUCCAGUUCGAUGCUGAUAUCACUGGGACCGGGGUCCUCAUCGGCUUCAUCUCCACUGCUGGACUCGUAACUGUCAUCAUCGCUCUUCAUUAUCUUCUCGCUUACAGACCGGCCUUACAUCCAUUCCGGCAGGACAAAGGGGAAGAUGAUCCGAGUGUAGAUUUCCGGCCAAAUGAAGUCGAUAUGAUGAUUCUAAAGGCCGUCCGGCGCACAUCAAAGAGUCUAGAUGGAGUUUCACAAUCUGAUCCCCGGCACUGGUCUCGUUUGGAAUCGUCUCUGACGAAAUGCGUACUUUCGAUGAGUGAUCUGCAAAUCGCGACUGGGAUUGCCAUCUUGGUCAGCGGGUAUGCUCAACUUCCAUGUGGUCUCAGUUGCUAUCAUUGGCAAAUCAUGGGACGACUCGCGUGGUUUUCCAGCCUGACCCAUCUCUCUUGCCUGACCAUGCUCCGGAACUAUCUUUGCAACCGAUCUGCACAGCGCCAGUGGCGACUCUUAUCCAUGCUAGCGCUCCUUAUCCUACUGGUUGUGGCAAUGGUUCCCACUGGGAGCUAUGAAUGGUCUGUCAGUAAUAACACUUAUCAGUCAUUUCCACACCCAAGUGAUUAUGCGAUCUGUCACUUUUCACAACUGCCACGGGUAGGCACCGCUGCAACUGUCUCUAUGUCUAUCUUCGUGCUCUUGUCUACUCUUGGGUUCCUCAUCCGAGUGGUCAAACUCCACAACACCCUAUCCACCUUUCUUGUGGGUAGACCAAGAGAGAUCGUCAGCAAACACGCACGUAAUGUCCUGUGGAAAUUCUACAAGCAGCCGAACGCUCAGAGGUUGCCACAGCGCAUAGCGGGGAACAUGGUUUACUUCCCUGCUCUAGCCUUUUUCUUGGCCAUGCGCGUCCUGUUAGACCAUUGGGCCUCAAUGUACUUCGAGGUUUACUGGCUUCUAAUGAGCUUUCUGUACGGCUUGUUCAGCGUACUUGUCGAAAUCAAUGUCUUUACAGGCGGUGACAUAAUUCCGCCCGUCAUUCAGAACAAUUAUACUAACCGCUGGAGCAUUGGACAAAUCAUGCCCGUGUUUCUUCUAGCCGUCCCUUUGGUAACGAUAAUUGAGCUGCUCUACCCUGGUAAAUCCACCAUUCUAUUAUCAUUGGUUCCAUCACUAAUGGAGACAGACUCUGUAGACGAUGCGAAGGGCUCUGCUGGAGAAGAUAUCUCAUCUCAACCGGCACCACUGACAUACCAGGGCAGCAACACUACCUCCACACACAAUUUGUCUCUGGAGACAGCGCAGCCAGAAAAUUCUCUUACCCAUCAUCCAGAUCAAGACUAUUACCAUAAUUCAACAGCCUUGAAGUGUGGUAAUCUAUUCAUCAUGCUCAUGGAAUACUUCGCAGGAGGAGCCGUACUUGUCGUGACUUGU